GUAGUCCGUCCCGGCGGGCUCGGCGGCGGAGGGGCGGCUGCGAGCCCCGUCCGUCGGCACGCAGGCGCGGGCGGCCGGGGAGGGCGGGGGCCGAGCGGGCUCGGCGCGUUGGAGCCUGCGCGCUGCGGAGCCGGAGCCGUCUCGCGAGGAAGGACGCCAUUAUCGCAGCCGCCCGACAAACACCACGAGAAUUGGGCCCCGCACACGGAUUGCAUGUCUCGUAAAAUUACUUACUUGGGGGCCUGCGGUGGUGUGUGACGGGACAUUGCAGCCUGCUUCUGAAUGAUGUCAGAACAGGACUUGGCAGAUGUUGUUCAGAUUGCUGUUGAAGACUUGACUCCAGAUAACCCAGUUGUGUUGGAGAAUCAUGAAGUGACAGACGAUGACGUAGAGCCUACUCUGAAACGUCAGCGUAUAGAAAUUAACUGCCAGGAUCCCUCUAUUAAGUCGUUCCUGUAUUCCAUUAAUCAGACAAUAUGCCUGCGACUGGAUAGCAUUGAGGCGAAGUUGCUGGCACUAGAGGCUACCUGUAAAUCACUGGAAGAGAAGCUGGAUCUUGUCAUGAACAAACAGCACAGCCCCAUCCAAGUCCCCAUGGUGGCAGGUUCUCCUCUUGGCGCUACACAGACCUGCAAUAAAGUACGAUGUGUUGUCCCCCAGACCACAGUAAUACUGAACAACGACCGGCAGAAUUCAAUUGUAGCCAAGAUGGUCGGGCAGGAAGAGCCAUUGAGCAGAGCAACGGAUUCUCUGGACAAUAUCCUUAGCAAUGCUGUUCCUGGACGUAGGCAGAACACGAUAGUGGUGAAAGUCCCAGGGCAUGACGACAGUCACAACGAAGACGGAGAGAGUGGCUCUGAGGCCAGUGACUCAGUUUCCAACAGUGGGCAAUUAGGAAGUCAAAGUAUCGGGAACAAUGUGACCCUUAUUACGCUGAACUCUGAAGAGGAUUACCCCAAUGGGACAUGGCUCGGAGAUGAAAAUAAUCCUGAGAUGCGCGUCCGCUGCCCCAUCACCCCUGCUGACAUGCUGCACAUCAGCACGAACUGCCGCACAGCCGAGAAGAUGGCACUGACGUUGCUCGACUAUCUCUUCCAUCGGGAAAUUCAGGCCAUCUCCAACCUUUCGGGCCAGGGGAAGCAUGGGAAGAAGCAGCUUGAUCCUCUCAUGAUUUAUGGAAUUCGCUGUCAUCUAUUUUAUAAAUUCGGAAUCACAGAAUCUGACUGGUAUCGAAUCAAGCAAAGCAUAGACUCCAAAUGCCGAACAGCCUGGAGGCGGAAGCAGCGAGGUCAGAGUCUUGCCGUGAAAAGCUUCUCCAGGCGAACACCUUCGUCGUCAUCUUACGGUGGUUCAGAGGGUCCGCAGAGUGCAGUUUCAGCUUCUAAUGAGAUCCAACAGAACCAGCCCCAGGCACUACAUUAUGCACUAGCCAACGCUCAGCAAGUCCAGAUCCACCAAAUAGGAGAAGAUGGACAAGUCCAAGUAAUCCCGCAGGGACAUCUCCACAUAGCCCAGGUUCCUCAAGGCGAGCAAGUCCAGAUCACGCAGGACAGUGAGGGAAACCUACAGAUACAUCAAGUUCAUGUUGGUCAAGACGGGCAGGUGUUGCAGGGCGCUCAGCUGAUAGCGGUUGCAUCUGCGGAGCCUGCGUCAGGAGGUGUUGAUGGAUCCCCACUCCAAGGCAGCGAUAUCCAGGUCCAGUAUGUGCAGCUCACACCAGUGACAGACCACUCUGCAACUAGUCAACAGUUUUCCAGUUAUUUUGAUCCACAGCCUGGAUUUCCCACAGGAGCUGCAAUGUUUGCAAUUGGCGCUGAUACCCUUCAAUCAGCAAUCCAACCAGAAAUGCAGAUAGAACACGGAGCAAUCCAAAUUCAGUAAGAAAACUGCGACAAGCUGUGUGAACCGAGAUGCCAGCAAACCUCAGCGGGAAGUGCUGCAGUCCUCGUGCAGCAACGGGAACACGGAAAUGCCUGGUAGACUAAUGGUCGCACCUCGUACAUCUCCUGCAAAUCGCGGGUUUCUGAUGACCUGUUUGUGCUCACCUGGAAUAAGUCAGACCCGCUUACUGCAAUUGGAGCUACGUCACUGCAGCUGUUGAGAAUGUGCCCUUCAGAAAAAUUACACGGCCUGCUCUUAGGUAUAUUUAAAGAGGAAAAAAUAAUAAUUUUGGAAAGAUGAACUAAUUACGAAACAGUGAGACUAAAUGUUUCAUCCUGUCGUUUCUUCUGUGAAAUACGCCAUUUGAAUGUCUGCAAAUAUCUUAGGAAGUGUAUUGCUGCUUUGCAAUACUUGCUUUACCACAUAUAGAAGAUCAAGAGCUCAAAUAUUUUUCACUGUUUAAACAGCUUUUUUAUUUGCUAUGGUGUUUAUAACAAAAAUGGAAAAUAUUUAAAAAAAAGAAAAAUCCCAUAACUGCAAGUAUUAGCAAUUUGCUGUUGUUUUCUGUUCAGUGUAACGAAAAAUGUAUUUGCAGAAGACUAACAAUUUUGUUUGUACUGUUGCUUAACUACUUUUCUAGGGGAAAAUGCUUUUAAAUGCUGUAAUUAUGCAUUUCUAAUGAAAAAUAAAUGUGUAUUUAUGAAUA